UGUCCUUAGUAUAUCUAGUUGGUGACGUAGAAAUCCCUAGACGUGUGGGUGGUCGGCCUGUUUGAUUUUGACGUUUGCCCAAAAAGGAAAAAUUAAGAUACACUUUUAUAUUUACUCCAAGAUUAUAAAACCGAGCAAUGAGUGAAGAUCUGCAAAGAAAAAUCCAGUCGGAGCUGGACAGUUUCAAAAACACACAAAAAGAGUUGCAAAAGGCGAUUUCAACGAGACAACAAUUAGACAGUCAGUUAAACGAAAAUAUGAUUGUUAAAGACGAAUUAGAAAUCCUUCCUAAGGAUGCUAAAGUGUACAAGUCCGUUGGUCCAGUCCUUAUCAAAACUGAACUUGUUGAAGCUAGACAAAAUGUGGGCAAACGAAUGGAUUAUAUCAAGAAAGAGAUUUCGAGGGUUGAUGAUUUGAUCACUUCGAUUGAAAAGAAGCAAGAUGUGCAUAGGGAGGCGCUCCAAAAGCUGCAACAUCAGUUUCAACAGGCGCAAGUGAAGGCUGCAUUACAUGCUUAAUUUUGCGAAAAAAUCACUUAUUUAUUAACACGUUUUGUAAUACGAAAGAAUAAUAAAAAUCUCGUUAACGCUUUA